CAACUUUCCCAGUUCCCUCAUCUGCUCCAAAAACAAAUUCCUAGGUUCGAAGUAGCACACGCGCCUCAGUGCUCGGAAAGUAAGCAGAUAGCUCCUCCACCUUUUCAGCAAAAGCUAGGCGCAUAGAUAAGCCGAGAGAGAGAGAGGAUGUGGCGCUGCGUCUCUCGAAGCCUUCGAGCUCCGUCGUGUUCCAAGAGAUGGAUUUCCAAUGACACUCUCAGAUCUCAGAUAUCCAGAUUCUUAUCCACCGAUUCUGGGCGAUCAUCAUACACUAUAGUGGAUCAUACAUAUGAUGCAGUUGUGGUUGGUGCUGGAGGUGCAGGGCUUAGAGCAGCCAUAGGUCUCUCAGAGCAUGGAUUCAAUACUGCUUGCAUUACUAAGCUUUUCCCAACUCGUUCACACACUGUUGCUGCUCAGGGUGGUAUAAAUGCUGCAUUGGGUAAUAUGACUGAAGAUGACUGGCGGUGGCACAUGUAUGACACACAAAAUAACAUUGGACGUAGCGGUUCCACUUCAACAGCUGCAAGCAAUUACUUCAUGCCAUUCGGGGGAGGACCACGGCUUUGUGCAGGAUCAGAAUUGGCUAAGCUCGAGAUGGCGGUUUUCAUCCACCAUCUGGUCCUCAACUUCAACUGGGAAUUGGUUGACGAGACCGAUCAUGCCUUUGCCUUCCCUUUCGUCGACUUUCCAAAGGGUUUACCCAUCAGAGUCCAGCGCCAUUCAUUCAUAUAAUUAAGAAGCUGUGAUCUCUGCACGAAUGUAUCGACGAGAGUAUUUUGUAUUUUCCAUGCAAACGGCCUAGUUUCAAUGUUGGCUAUAUCACAUGCAGGAAGGGAAGACAAACGAUAAUCAUCAAGUACAGAGAUAGGACCACGUAUUCAUCCCCCCAAUCUAUAUAUUGUAAAUUUUACUUUCCUUUUGUUCCUCCCUUGUUGGAAACUGGAAGCAGUAAAUUAUUUAUUUUAUA